AUGAGCACGCAAACAGUCGACCAGAUCGAAUUUCUCUCGCUGCCCUCGGGGAAGGCCGAGGGAAAACACCAUAUUGUGAUUGUCGGGGCAGGGAUCAUAGGGGUGUGCACUGCGUACUACUUGACCAAGCAUGCUAGCUUUGACCCCAGUAAGCACCAUAUCACGGUGCUGGAGUCGAAGCGAGUGGCAGGAGGUGCCUCUGGGAAGGCUGGGGGGCUCCUUGCGACGUGGGCUUUCCCACAGCAAAUUGUGCCGCUCAGUUUUCAGCUGCACCAAGAGUUGAGCGAUGAGUACAAUGGGGAGCAAGAAUGGGACUACAGACGUCUGAUCACGGUGUCGCUGGAGGCUGACGUGCAGAACGUGGGCGACGCUAGCGACGCAGACGUGAGUCAGAAGGCGUACAACCUCAAAGUGCCACCACCCAAGAAGAAGAAGAGGUGUGCGCAAACCGGUAGUGACGACAAGCACGGCAGCGACGCGGAUGACGAAAGUGACGAGCACGAGAUUGAGUACAAUAACCUGAAGAUGAGCAGUAGCGACCGCGACACUUCGCUCCCUGUGGACCUCAAUUGGAUCCGCACGCAACUUGUCAAGGAUUGGUCCUCUCUUGGGGGGACCGAUUCCACUGCCCAGGUACACCCCUACAAAUUCACACAUUUCUUGUUGAACGAGGCAAUGAAAACAGGCGCGGUAGACCUCAUCCUUGGCAAAGUUGACGAGAUCAAAUUCAAUGAUAUGGGGUGUGCUUGUGGUGUCAGUUACGUACCGACCGCAGAUGACGACCAGCAAGAUCAAGAGCCGGUCGAAAUCUUGGACACACAACAUGUGGUGCUUGCCAUGGGUCCCUGGACUUCUAAAAUCCUACCCGAUUGCCCUAUCUCUGGUUUGCGGGCUCAUUCAAUUACCAUAAAGCCAUCCACGGGCACCGUGUCGCCUUAUGCCAUCUUCACAGAGUUGAAAGUGGGUAAGAACAAAUAUUUCUCACCAGAGAUGUAUGCUCGUAAGGACGAGGUUUACGUUUGCGGUGAAGGUGAUACGCUGGUUGAAUUACCCGAAACAAGCGACGCUGUGGAGGUUGUAAGAGAAAAAUGUGACGAGCUUUAUCAGUAUGUUUCUAAGCUCUCACCUAAUUUAUCGCAAGGUCACAUCCUAAAAAGACAGGCAUGUUAUUUGCCCGUUUUGAACGUACCUACUAGCUCAGGCCCUCUUAUUGGUGAAACAAAUCUAGAAGGUUUGUAUGUUGCAUCGGGCCAUUCUUGUUGGGGUAUCAACAAUGCUCCUGCUACUGGUAAGAUUAUGAGUGAGUUAUUGCUAGACGGUGAAGUCAAAAGUGCUGAUAUCUCAGCUCUGGAUCCUGGUCUAUAUUUUGACGCGAGCGUCCUGGAGUAG